AUGGAGUCAGCCUAUAUUGCGAUCAUAGCCUGCAGUUCUGUGAUCCUAUUUUUGGUCUUUUUGUGCUGCCUAAGUUACAGAGCAAAGCAGAAGAAGAAAGGAGCUGGCGAUGUUGAAAUAGGUGCGAGGACCCCUAGUGGUGGCCGCGGAUUAAAAGACGGUCGUAUGGUUGUUUUGGCCGGCGCUGGAACGGCUGUCGCUGGUGCAGCAGCAGCGACGACAGUGGUGAGUAGCAACAGUGGUGGUACGUAUCAGGGUUGUUGUUGCGGCGGUGAUGGUAGUGGUUGCGGUGGUGGUGGUUGUGGCGGCUGUGGUGGAUGUGCAGGUUAAUUUGUUUGGGAAAAUUUCACGUUAGAACAAUUGAGCUCUCUACUUUUCAAUUUUAUAACUCAUAUUUCAAUUUACAACCAACUAGCUCAAAAAUAAUAGGCUAAGA